AUGGCGCUGGGGCCCAGGGGGGCGCCCGGCGGCCUGGCGGGGGCCGGGGCCGGGGCCGCGGCCGCGGCCGCCCUCGCCCUGCUCCCCCACGACCCCGCGCUCUUCGCCGACGCCUUCCCCGAGGAGAGGCGCUACCGGCUCUGCGGCCGCGUCCUGCGCAUCGCCCAGCACCACGGGGCGCGCCUCGGCGUGGCGGCGCCCGUCUGGGAGGCGGCCCUGGCCCUGUGCGAGUACUUCGAGGAGCAGCGCCUGGACUUCCAGGGCAAGAGCGUCAUCGAGCUUGGUGCCGGCACCGGCAUCGUGGGCAUCCUCGCCGCGCUGCUGGGAGGCGACGUGACCAUCACGGACCUGCCCGUGGCCUUGGAGCAGAUCCGGGAGAACGUGAGGAGGAACGUGCCGGAGACGCUGGUGCCUCAGCCCCGCGUCCGCGCCCUCUCCUGGGGCCUCGACCACGACACCUUCCCCAGCGGCUACGACGUGGUGCUGGGCGCCGACAUCGUGUACCUGCCGGAGACGUUUGCGCUGCUCGUGGGGACGCUGCGGCACCUCUGCGGGCCCGGCUCCGUUGCCUACCUCUCCUCCAAGAUGCGGCGGGAGCACGGCACCGGCCUCUUCUUCGAGACGCUGCUGCCCCAGCACUUCCUCGUGGAGCUCGUCUGCCGCGAUGACGAGCAGAACAUCAACGUGUACAGGGUGACCUGGCGGCCCGAGGGCUGAGCCCAGCCCCGAGUCGGGGCCCGAACCUGCAGCUGGGGGCCCGUCGCUUGCCCGAGGACGACGCAGACGGCACCAGAGGCGCUGGGGGGGGUCACAGCCGAGGGCAUUUAUCCAGCCCGCCUGGGGUGUCCCGGGAGCCGCCCUGCAGUGCAUUAAACAGCCCCGAGACCCCGCGGGGCCUUGGCGGUGCCGUGCUGAA